AUGGUUCGCAAGGCAGUCGUCGCCAGCAUGGCCGUUGGUGCCCUUGCUUCAGUCAGCGCUUUCACACCGAAACUCAACGCGGCGGGAGAAGAGUUACGACUCAUCAAGACGUCUGAUGCUGAUAACGGUACAUGGUACACCGAGCAAGAGAAACUGGAUCUCUUCAUCUCCACGCCUUCGUGUGCACACUUUAUGGACAUCACGGAGACUCAGGAGCUCGAGGAACACCGCGUUGCUGUUGCAAAUGGGUUCAAAGUCGACAAACGUCAAUCUGCAUCAUUCCCUUCGGCAGCCUCUCACCAGACUGAAACCAACAAAUUGCUUGCUCAAAUUAGCAAAACAAAUCCCAAGACAUGGGCUACGACUUUGACGAACAUACACAACCGAUAUUACAAGGGCUCUUAUGCUGCAUCGUCAGCUACGACGGUUUUCAAUCUUGUGAAGAAUGUUGCUGCUGCCAACACGAAGAUCACUGUCAAGCAAUUCACUCACAGCUACAACCAGCCAUCAGUGAUCGCAACCAUCCCAGGGUCAUCUGCAAAUGUUGUAGUCGUAUCUGGUCACUUCGAUUCCAUCAACCAGGCCAACCCUACGACUGGUCGCGCACCAGGCGCCGAUGACAACGCUUCUGCUGUCGUUACUAUACUUGAGUCUCUCCGCGUCCUGGCCGCGGCCAACUAUGCUCCAAAGAACACCCUUGAGUUCCACUUCUACUCUGGCGAGGAAGGUGGUCUCUUGGGUGCACGUGCUGUUAUGCAAGAUUAUGUCAAACGCAGUAUCAAAGUUCUUGCUGUUAUGAACCAAGACAUGACUGCAUACUCACCCAACCACAACAUUGCAGUCUACACCGAUUACGUGAGCACACCACUGAGCAACUUCAUCAUCAAGUUGGUACCUGUGUACACUGCUCUGCCCGUGAUCACCGACCGAUGUGGUUACGCCUGCAGCGACCAUGGUGCUGCAUACGAUGCAGGCUACCCUGCUGCGUAUGUCUGCGACGAGAACAUGGUGGAUGCGACGCCCUAUAUUCACACUGCAAACGAUGCGCUCUCGACUAUGGACUUCGAGCAUCUGCACCAGCACGUACGUUUGACCCUUGGGUUCCUUGUGGAAGGAUCCUACUUCUGAAGCACUCUUUUAUGGAGCAACGUAACUGUUUGACUGCUGAGCUCCUGGAAGCAUGCAACAACAGUCAACCUUUCCUUGGAGCAGUUGCGUGUUCCAUGCAUAAAUUAUCGUCCCUGACAGAAAUAUGAUCAGGAUGUGCGCCUGCAAUAA